AUGAACUUACCACUCAGGGUCUUUCUUCAACAACAAAACCAGUCAAAGCUGAAACAACUCUUUCAACAACCACACCAGCCACCCCAUCCACUACUGUCCUUGUCGAGGAGGGAAGCACCACUGUCCAACCACCUACAGAAACCUCAGCUCCAAGCAUUGUCCCCACAACUUCAAAAUCAUCUACAGCUACUCAAACAACUGGAGAACCACCCCAUCCACUACUGUCCUUGUCGAGGAGGGAAGCACCACUGUCCAACCACCUACAGAAACCUCAGCUCCAAGCAUUGUCCCACAACUUCAAAAUCAUCUACAGCUACUCAAACAACUGGAGAAGUAACAACAACUGAGACUGUAACUGAGAAUGAAUUGACCACAUCUCAGACACCUUUGUCCACCACCAGGCCACCAAAGGUGGUAACAACUGGUCUAACCAGCUUACCAACAACUACAGCCACAACAACUUUAGAAGAGUUAACAGCUACUUCAUCUGAGACGUCAUCAUCUUCAAGCACAUCUCUCCCAGUGACACAAACCUCAGUACCAGUCGUUACAUCCACGCAACCAACAACGCAAACAAAGACAACUGAAGUGCCAGUCACAACACUUGUGUCCACAACAGUGAGUGCUGAAUCAUCCACUGCAUAUGAACUUACCACUCAGGGUCUUUCUUCAACAACAAAACCAGUCAAAGCUGAAACAACUCUUUCAACAACCACACCAGCCACCCCAUCCACUACUGUCCUUGUCGAGGAGGGAAGCACCACUGUCCAACCACCUACAGAAACCUCAGCUCCAAGCAUUGUCCCCACAACUUCAAAAUCAUCUACAGCUACUCAAACAACUGGAGAAGUAACAACAACUGAGACUGUAACUGAGAAUGAAUUGACCACAUCUCAGACACCUUUGUCCACCACCAGGCCACCAAAGGUGGUAACAACUGGUCUAACCAGCUACCAACAACUACAGCCACAACCACUUUAG